GCUCUGUAGUCGGCGAGAAUCUUCGGGGCUUUCCGAGAACGAACAUAGAUAGGUGGUUUUGCCAACAAUAAAUCUGAGGAGGCGCGUUUCAUCUUCCCCCUAAAGGAUUAAAACAUUUUAAGAGGGUUGUUACUAUUCAAUUAUGGAAGCUUAGACACCCACAAAAGAGAUGUCCAGGAUGGGGGGAGGGGUUUGAGAGCACACAUUCCCGGGUCUUUGUGUAUAUGUGUGUGUGUUUGGGUUUAUUUUUUGUUUUGUUUUUACUUUUAUAUACAGACUCACCAACCAAAUGUCAAAGUUUAAAUUGUUAGAUUGGAAGUCAGUAAAAGUAGAAGACAAAGUGUACACUGAUCCUGGAUGAUCUGACUCUGACCGUCUCACAAUAAAUACAAUCAGGGUGUUCUUUUAAUCCCAGGAUUUAAAUAGAUCAUCCUUUUUAUGGCACAGUGUUUAGUUAGACGUAUAUUCUCAUACACUGUUACUGGAAAGACGAUGCUGGAGUUUCUGCAGUUCUGUGUUUGAACUCACUGCUUGGUACAGGCGAUAGGAGCAAGUUGAUAUUCAGAGAAUGUGAGGUUUGAGGACAAAUAAAAGGUGUUUGCAGUGCUGUGUAAUGACAGUUGCUGGGCUGGUAGUUGUCUUUUCUUAGGAGCACUUGAGUUUCUCAUGUAAAUCUCAUUUUCUUUUUUUCUUUUAAGUCCACCAGUGUCUGUCUACGGACUCCAUUUCAUUUUGACUGAGAGUGUGUGUGUGUGUGUGUGUGUGUUUGAUUGAGAACAAGACCUUGGGUUUUCUCAAACCCCUCUCCCUAUAAUGGACAUCUCUUUUUUCCUCUUACAAUCAAAUCCAUUAAUGGAAACUCUUCUUCAAUUAAAAAAAAGCCCAUUUUUGAUGGGCUUGUGUCGCAACGGGCCCCCGCCUGACCUACAAUAUGACAACUCCUCAGAGCUCUUCCGACUUUCCACCUUUGCUUGUUUCCCGGCGUCCCCGGUCACAGAGCGGAGCCUGGCGAGGGCGGGUUGGUACUACACCGGUACGGGCGACCGCGUUCAGUGUUUCCGGUGCAACGUGACGGCCGAGGGCUGGCAGACUGGAGACUGUCCAAUAGAGAGGCACAGGCAGCUCUCUCCUUCUUGCUCCUUCAUCCAGAGCCUCCCAUCCACCACCAACCUGCUCUCCUCCUCUCAUUCAGCCUUCUCACCACUCCGCAUCGCCCCAGCUAUUCCACUUUCUGGUCCUGGCCCAGCUGCUCCUAACCAGUCAGGUCAAGGUGAAGAAACGGUUGGUUUCCUAAACACAGCUUUCUCAGCUCCGCCUCCUUCCAGCCCGCUGACUUCUCGCGGUGUGGAGGACAUGUCCCACCAGAGACCGACGUGCCAUAACCCCACCAUGCGUAGGGAGCAGGAUCGCCUGGAAUCCUUUCAGUCCUGGUCACUCUCAAUAAUCACCCCCGCAGAGCUCGCCAAGGCAGGUUUCUACUACCUGGGACAAGGGGACAGAGUGGCUUGCUUCAGCUGCGGUGGGCAGCUGAAUAACUGGGAGCCGGGUGACAGAGCUGUAUCCGAGCACCAAAGACAUUAUCCAAACUGUCGAUUUGUCCGRGGAGACAGGGCUGACAACGUGUCGCUGGCCGCCGCCGCCGCAACCGCAGCGUUAGGAGGAACGUCCCAAAUGUCUGCCGGGGCUCCUACCCUCACCAACGUGUCCAACCCAUCCAUGCAGCAGAGCGAGGAGCGGCUGCUCACCUUUGUCAACUGGCCGUCUCGUAUUCCUGUGCGGCCUGAGCAGCUGGCUAAAGCCGGCUUCUACUAUGUCGGGAGAAACGAUGACGUCAAGUGUUUCUGUUGUGAUGGAGGCCUGCGGUGCUGGGAGUCUGGAGACGAUCCCUGGGUGGAACAUGCUAAAUGGUUUCCUCGGUGUGAAUAUUUGCUUCAAGAAAAAGGACAAGAGUUUGUUCAUCAGAUCCAAGCUCGAUUUCCACGGCUGUUUGAACAGCUUUUAACAAAUGGAGACAACUCCAGAGAAUUUAUGGAUCCUCCUGUGGUCCACUUGGGUCCAGGGGAGGAGCGGUCUGAAGAUGCUGUCAUGAUGAACACCCCUGUCAUUAAAUCUGCUUUAGAGAUGGGAUUCGAGCGCAGCCUGGUGAAGCAAACAGUCCAGAGCAAGAUCCUAACAAGUGGAGAAAACUACAGGACGGUCCAGGAGCUGGUUUCAGACCUGCUGAGCGCCGAAGACCAGAAGAGGGAGGAGGAGAAGGAGAUGCUGGCUGAGGCCAUGGCAUCAGAUGGUUUCACGUUUGUAAAGAGACACCAAGCAGCUUUGGUCCAGCGCCUGAAGAGCGUCGAACCCGUGCUGGAGCAUCUAAGAGAGCAGAAUGUUUUGUCUGCAGAGGAGUACAGCGGCCUCCAGGCUCAGACAUCAGCCCAACAGCAAACCGCCAGGCUGAUAGAGCUCGUUCUCACUAAAGGAAAUGCUGCUGCUGAGGUGUUCCGCAACUGGAUCCAGAAAAAUGACGUCCAUCUCCUCAGAGACCUCAUGGCUCAGUCAAAUGAAGCCUCCUCACCGAGCCAAGAUCUUUCAGAUCUGCCAAUGGAGGAGCAGCUGCGGCGCCUGCAGGAGGAGCGUACCUGCAAGGUGUGUAUGGACAAAGAGGUCAACAUCGUCUUCAUCCCCUGCGGACACCUUGUGGUGUGCAAAGAGUGUGCGCCGUCUCUUCGAAAGUGCCCAAUCUGCAGAGGCCUGGUUAAAGGCACUGUCCGAACCUUCCUCUCCUAAUCAGCUGGUGUUGCACCCAUGUGAUUAAAUGUGACCAGUUUAUGCUAAUUCUUGUAGAAAGUUUUCAUAUUAAACAUUUGUAUCCUGUUAAUUUAUUGAAUAGGGGGAAAUAGUUUAUAAUCAGUGCAAUAAUAUCACAUCUGUUGUUUCCUUAAAUGCAAUACUUGUCACAAUCGUGCAGAAAUGUUGAGCUAAAUUGGUAACGUUGCUUUUUUAAAAAUGUUUAAUAGCUUAAUUUGCAUUCUAAUUGUUAGCUAUAUCUACAUGAUCAAUAAACAGUACGUUAUAAUGGG